CAGGCCCACGCCCGGUGGAGCCCAGCAACGGGGGCAGCGGCGCCGGGGACCACAGGGAGCGCUGACCCGGCGGGCGGGCGGGCGGGCCCCGAGCCCGAGCCAUGGCGGCCAACAUGUACCGGGUCGGAGAUUAUGUUUACUUUGAAAACUCCUCAAGUAAUCCAUACCUCAUCCGCAGGAUAGAGGAACUAAAUAAGCAGACCGGCAGCGGGAACGUAGAAGCCAAGGUUGUGUGUCUGUUCCGGAGACGGGACAUUUCCAGCAACCUCAAUGGACUGGCAGACAACCAUGCACGUGAAGUUUUUGAAGAGGACUCCAAGCAGCCCAUAUUGGUGGAUCAGGAACGGCAUCAGCUUAAACACAGAGAGCUCUUCCUCUCUCGCCAGUUCGAGUCCCUACCAGCCACGCACAUCAGGGGGAAGUGUAAUGUGGCCUUGUUGAAUGAGACGGAGAAGCUGAGCGAAUACCUGGAUAGAGAGGACUGCUUUUACUACUCGCUGGUGUUCGACCCCUUGCAGAAGACGUUGAUCGCUGACCAGGGCGACAUACGAGUGGGGCCCAAGUACCAGGCCGACAUCCCUGACAAGCUGGCAGAUGUUGAGUCUGACGACAGGAACCAGAUGAAAAUGGAAACCAAGUUGUGGGACCCGGACAACUCGCUCACUGACCGGCAGAUAGACCAGUUUCUCGUCGUAGCUCGGGCGGUGGGAACCUUUGCUCGUGCUUUGGACUGCAGCAGCUCCAUCCGUCAGCCGAGUUUGCACAUGAGUGCAGCCGCAGCGUCCAGGGACAUCACGCUGUUCCACGCCAUGGAUACCCUGCAGCGUAACGGCUACGAUCUCGCCAAAGCCAUGUCGACGUUAGUGCCUCAGGGAGGACCUGUACUAUGUCGGGACGAGAUGGAGGAAUGGUCGUCCUCCGAGGCUAUGCUUUUUGAAGAGGCGCUGGAAAAAUACGGCAAGGAUUUCACCGACAUCAGACAAGACUUUUUGUCCUGGAAAUCAUUGGCCAGCAUAGUCCAGUUUUAUUACAUGUGGAAGACCACAGACCGAUACAUCCAGCAGAAAAGGCUAAAAGUAGCUGAAGCUGACAGCAAGCUGAAGCAGGUCUACAUUCCCACCUACACAAAACCAAACCCCAACCAGAUUGUGAAUAUGGGGCCAAAGGGCGGGAUGAUGAACGGAGCGACGGGGUACCAGAAACCUGCCGCUGGCCUGACCUGUGAGAGCUGUCACACCACGCAGUCUCUACAGUGGUAUGCCUGGGGCCCUCCCAACAUGCAGUGCAGACUCUGCGCUUCCUGCUGGAUCUACUGGAAGAAGUAUGGUGGCUUAAAGACGCCGACGGUACUGGACGGGGACAAGCAGCGGCUUCCUUCGGAGCCCAGGUCGAAGGGGCCAGGCGGGCGCCAGGACUCCCCAGGCUUUCUGUCCUGCAACAGCUCCAAGCUCCUAGCCAAGAACCGGCAGACGUUCCUGCUGCAGACGACCAAGCUGACACGCAUCGCCCGGCGGUUGUGCGAUGACAUCCUGCGGCCGCAGAGGGCAGCUCGGCGCCCCUACAUCCCCGUCAAUGUCGGUGCCAUCAAGACCAAGUGGGGCUCGUUCUGUGCUGUCCGACUCCCGAAAGCAGCAACCAAACCGCUCAGGAUCCGACCCACGCCUCGGCCCACGCUAGCCAACAUCAUGAAGGAGUUGGGAGAGUUAGCGGCACGAGGCCUGACGAAGCCGAGGAUCAUGAAAGGGGGUGAGGCAAACCGAACUCUGCUGAACAUCAACCGAGGAGCAGUGUCCUUGCUGGGGAAACGCACCUUCAACAAACAGAACGGGGUCCAGGGAGCUCCGAGUCCUGUUCAUAUUAGACAGAUGACGGCUAGUGCCCAUUUGACCAGCAACAGACCCUUCUCUUCGGGGAUGAAGACAGACCAAGUUAGUACUGAGCCACCGUUCAAGCGGCAAAAACUGAACCCUGGAGAUGCUCCCGACCCGAUUGUCUUCGUGGCAACAGACCAUACCAGGGCGAUCCGGAAAGCUCUGAGCCAGUCGGAGAUGAGGAGGGCGGCACGCAGACCGUGUAUGCAAGUUAACGUCAAAUCCUCAGCCCCGAGCCGGCCAGUGGUCCUGGGAGAGCCCAUAGUCCUGGAGGACUGAAGACUGACUGGCGUGUACAUGCGUGCAGACGCACACUCUUGCUCUCCCCACCCCCCCCCCUGCCCCGCCACUACUGCACACGCGCACACACGCACGCACACACACUCUGUCACACAUUGUUGCACCCUCAAUCACACACACACGCACACACACACACACACACUGUCACACAUUCUUGCACCCUCAAUCACACACACACACGCGCACACACACACACGCGCACACACACACACAC